ACGUUAGAAACGAUUGAUCAGUGCACUGAAUGCUUUUGCUGAUUGAGUGUAGUGUAGUGCCAUUUCAAUUUUAUACAAAAAUAAAGACCUUAUAGCAAGAGGAUUAUUGAAAAAGUGUAAUAGUGAUGCAUUUUAGGAUAUCUUCUGUGUUAUGUUGGGCACUACUGGUUGCUCUUACCUCAGCGGCACAGAACAAUCAACGAAACAAUAACGGCUUCAGCUUCAAAGAUGCGGAUGCCGAAAUUGAAGGUAGUGGGAACGACGGUGAGAUCAAAGGCGACCUAGACGAAUCUAGUGGCUCUGGACAGGGACCCACCGAUGAUGAGGAUGUUCUUGACCGAGAUAUCAAUAUUCCGAAUAAUCCAGAGCCUAAUAUACCGAAUAAGAUAGUGCCAGUGGUGUACGGGGUAGACACAUCUGGAAACAACAACAAAGAACCUAUAAACGUGACUCCUACGGAAGACUCAGGCGUUAUCAUGAAUCCAAAACCGGAAGAUCGUCCCACAUCUUUCUUCUCACAACCUGGAAUUUUAGCGGCUGUGAUCGGAGGAGCAGUUGUAGGUCUUCUGUGUGCAAUUCUCGUUGUGAUGUUCAUCGUUUACCGAAUGCGUAAAAAAGAUGAAGGCUCAUACACAGUGGGCGAACCAAAGCAAUCGCCUAACUCCACCUCGUAUAGCAGGGGAACGAACAAGGAAUUCUACGCUUGAAAUUAGUGUUGUAAAAAAUAGAGAGACGGUGUUUUAAUCAGGACGAAUCAUAUUUGACUGCUGGCGAUUUUAAUCUGGAUACAUUUUAAGGACUGAAUCUUUUCUUCUUGGCUUCGACGCUUUAUUUUGUAUAGUUUUCGGAAAUUACCAAUUAAUUGUAAUAAUAAGAUUAAUAAAACUAACCAGGACGCACACUUAAUGCAUAGUUAAAUUCGAAUAACCCUGACAUUGUCGAACUAUGCAAUAGAAUUAAAGUAAUAACUCGGAUUUAGAACUUUUAAUACAAUGAAGGAAAGCAUAUUCGGUCUCUAUCAGUUGCAUUUGCCAAAAAACUGCCAACAGUAUGAGUGAAAAAAAAUUGUGUUGUACUAAGUACAAAAAAAAUAUGGAAAAAUUUUGAAUUCGAAUUUGUCUAAAAAACUAAAUUAGCAUUCAAUAUUAUAUACUUUAAAUGUAUGUAUAUAUAAUAAUGUAGCGGAAAAACAUCUAAAUGUUCUGUCUAACGUCCAUAUUAUUUCGGAGUGUACAGCACAGGAUUUAAAAUAUAUUUUUUUUGUAUUCUUUCUAGCAUGAUAUUAAUUAAACGGAAGCCUGUAUUGUGCACUUCCACUUUACUUAAAGGUACCUAGAAACUAAUGGUUAAUGUUAAAAAUAAGUAAAAUUAGAAUAUAGCGGUUAAAAUACUACGGCUAUAUGCGCAGAAUUUUGCCUUUGCUCAUUUUUUACGCAGCUAUACAUUCCUCUUAAUUGUAUUUCGUUCUCCUUUUAUACAUCCUUUGGUAAUUUUCUUUGUUUUUAUGAAGUAGUGGGUCUGGUAAUCUUCUGCUUUACAUAGGUAAUUUAUAUACAUAAAGAAAAUAGAGAGGAAGCAAAUGUUCUAUGAUAGUCACACUUUGAAGCCAAUUUGUCUUUAAUACAACAGUAAAGCUAUUUUUUCUUCAAAACAAAUUUAUAACGAACUUUCAAAUAUAAAUAAAAUAAAUAGGUUAUUAAUAAUAAUAAUACAAUAUUAAAUUUUUCUAUUAUAGUACCUACCCAUCUUGUGCAUGUUAUAAGUUUGUCUUGAUGGUGUUUGAUAAUAAAGUGUGAAAUGUGACUAUAAACAGGCAGCUUAUGUGUAAAUCUAUCCUACUUCAAUGUAAUUUGCCAUAAAAAUCAAAAACGUUAGUUUUAAUACUUUUAUUUAUUGGAUAUUAUUUUAGUUUUAAUAUAUGACUAUAGUAUAAACGAGCACAAACAAGUUGGCUUCAACGGCGUAAUUUUAACUAAAAAAAUAUAUAUUUUAUAGACGUUAUUUAAUUUAAUGUAUCAACAAGUUGUUUAUUUAUUUAACCCAUUAUUUUUAUUUUAUCAUUAAUAAUAAAUAAAAUUGUAUCAAUAUAAUAAUACUACUUACU